GUACUGUCUCGGAGUACUGUCUUCGAGGACCUCUUGGUCGAACUCUAGGAAAACCAAAUAAAGAGCUCUUUCAAUAGCUCAUUUUUCUCAGUGGGGAGGAACGUUUUAGUUUAUUCAGAGGGGAACUUUAACUAAUUCGAUUUGCUUUUGGUUGCUUAUGAAUUUGAACUUAAAAAGAGGGAAGCUUAGAUAUAAACAUUUAAGAUGAGGCAAAAUCCAGUUAAUUUAGAAGACCUAAAUCAAAUUGCUAAUGAGCGGCUAGAUUUUAAUGCAAAGAAUUAUUAUCAGUCAGGUGCUGAUGGCGAACAAACACUACAUGAAAACUGCAAUAGUUUUGAUAGGUUGAGAAUUAGACCGAGAGUGCUGCUUGGUGUUUCUAAAGUUAAUACAGAAACCAAGGUUUGUGGACAAAAUAUUAAGAUUCCAAUAUGUGUUGCACCAUCUGCUAUGCAAAAAAUGGCACAUUCUGAUGGCGAAAUUGGUGUCGCAAAAGCUGUUGCUUCGUUUGGUACGAGUAUGGGAGUGAGCACUUUUUCAACAACUUCCUAUGAAGACAUAUCAGCAGCAGCACCAAAUGCAGUUUUACUCAUGCAACUAUAUGUUUAUAAGGAUAAAGAACUAUCUAAAUGGUUGAUUCAAAGGGCUGAAAAGGCUGGUUAUAAAGCAAUUUUAUUUACAGUUGAUGCUCCAAAACUUGGUCAACGAAUUGCAGAUGUUCGUCAUAAAUUUAAGUUACCCGAUCAUCUUCAAUUAGCAAAUCUAAAAGGAUAUGAUGGUCACCAAAUUUCUAGUGAAAAUAGUUCUGGUUUAAUGGAAUAUGUAAAUAAACAAAUAGAUCCAAGCAUUAAUUGGGAUUCUAUAAAAUGGAUUCGAUCGAUAACCAGCUUACCUAUUUUUUUGAAGGGCAUCUUGACGAAAGAAGACGCUAUUGAAUCUCUAAAGUAUGACAUUCAAGGCAUUAUUGUUUCAAAUCAUGGUGGAAGACAAUUGGAUGGAUGUCCUGCAACAAUUGAAGCAUUGCCUGAAAUUGUAAAAGCUGUUAAUGGCAAGAUAGAUGUUUAUUUGGAUGGUGGCAUACGAAAAGGCACUGAUAUAUUUAAGGCACUGGCUCUUGGUGCUAAAGCUGUGUUUAUUGGCAGACCAGCAUUAUGGGGCUUGGCUUAUAAUGGUGAAGAUGGAGUUAAAACAGUCUUGCAAAUAUUAAAAGAUGAAUUGGAAAGAGCAAUGAUAUUGGCAGGGUGUUCAAGUUUAGAAGACAUCAAACCAUGUAUGGUUGUUCAUGAAAGCUAUUACUGGAGUAAUUCAAAGUUAUAACUUCCCUGUCAUCUAUAAAGUUUUAAAUUAAUUAAAGUAUUUAGUGAUUUAAAAUUUUUUUUUUAUUGAAUUUCACUAUGCAGUUAGGUUUUUAUAUUGAUUAUAUUUUUAAUUAAAUUUACUUUUUUUUGAAAGUAGUAUGUAAUUUUGAUAUUUGAAUAAAGUUGAUAUGUACGCAAAACUAGUUGUAAUUUUAUGUAAUAUUUUCUCUUUGUUUUAUGUUAUUUUUUAUUACAAAAAUUUUUAAUAUGAAUAAAUAGAAAAGAAAUUUCAUUCUAUUGUAAGAAUUUUACUAAAAGUAAUCAGUUUUGAAUUUUA